AUGCCAGUGAGACAAACAAGAACGCCCAAGAGGACAACCAGUCGGUUGACUACUGAUCCAGAAAGUCCCACCAACAUUGGCACUUUCAAGUCUUUAAGUCCAAAAACACCUGGAUGGAUGUCAGGACGGCAUGCAGUUUUCAAAACUCCGGAGUCUCCUUCUGAAAAGCGACCUAGGACUCGCAGGUCAUCUAUGUACCAGUCAAAGACGUUGAAAAAUACUUCUGAAUCACAAAGUAAGGCUACAAAUGGUACUCCUCCUGUUGCUAAACGCACAAGAAGAUCUUUUUAUCGAAGCACAACCCUCAAAUUGGUUGAUAUUCCACUUUCUCCUGAGCCAUUGAGUCCCAAGACAACAUUUGCAAAGGGUGUCUCGACCAGGACUCGGAAGUUGUCUAUGUAUCAUAAGGAGAAUGGUGUCAAGCUUAACCAGAUCACAGAGGAAACAGUAGUUACACAGAAAGGAAGAAAAGAAUCAGUGUCUAAAGAAUCCUUAUCUUCUGUUGAUUCUCACAAUAAACAGGAGGAAGCUAAAACAUCACGAUCAGCACCACAGAAGAGGAAAGCUCAGACCCAAGUAAAAUCACCAAAAACAAAGAUGGCCAAAGUCAGUAGUCCAAUAGUUCCAGGUGUGAAGGUCAAGCAGCUGACAGAGAGAAAGACUGGUGGAAAAACUGCUGCCAAGUCUACAAAAAAGAAUCCUCAAGCAAGAUCUUUAAAAUCAAAAACUCCUGCAAAGUCUACAAGGUCAUCUGGAAACACUUCCCUGGUACAAGAUGAGGUCUCCCUUGCAACAAAAUCAACACCAGUCAAUAAGAUGUCGGCCCAAAAGAGCAAGAAAACAAACACACCAGACACAUUAACUCCUGUGGUUCCAAGUAAGACAAGUGUACAAACUACUAAAACACCAGCCAGUCAGAGAAAGGCAACAGCACAAGGUGCGAAAACUUUAGCCAAUCAGAAUAAGGCUAAAUCACAAGUUUUGAAAAAUGAGACAAAGACUCCUGUAAAUCAGAGUAACGCAAAAACACCAGUACUGAAGAAUGAAACGAAGACAUCAGCCAGUCAGAAUGAGGCAAAAAUACAUGCUGCAGAUAAGAAGACUGAGACUUCAGCCAAUCAGAAUAAGGCAAAAAAGCCAGUUGUGAAGAAUGAGACAAAGACUUCAGUCAGUCAGAAUAAGACUAAAACACCAGUUGUGGAUAAGAAGACAGAGACUCCAGCCAAUCAGAAUAAGGCAAAAACAAUAUUUGUGAAGAGUGAGACGAAGACUUCUGCCAGUCAGAAUAAGGCAAAAACACCAGUUGUUGAUAAGAAGACCGAGACUGCAGCCAAUCAGAAUAAGGCAAAAACACUAUUUGUGAAGAAUGAGGUGAAGACUUCAGUCAAUCAGGAGACUCCUGCUUUAAAAUCUGCAGCCAAUCAGAGUAAAGCAAAAACACCAGCUUCUGAGAAAAGAACAAAGAUUUCUACUGUUACUUCAACACCAGUGAAGGAAACGCCAGUUUUCAAGCCUCAAAUACCAUCACUGACACAGAAUAUGAGUGCAAAGAAAAGAAAACUGUCUGCUGCAAAUGGUGCUAUUAUGAGUCCCCAAGCUUCCAAAAAACUGAAGUCAGGUGACAGUGAACAUGGGUUUACAAAUGUGAAGAGUAAAUCUGUUGUUGUUCUGUCUCCACAUGAUAGUGGUGAUAAAAGACUGAAGACACCAAAAGCACUUCCCAAAACACCAGUUGUUAGACGGAAAGUAACACCAGCACGCCGUGCUGAGGUGCUGUCCACAAAGAUUGAUAAUAUUCCUGUUCAUGAAGACAGUGAGAAUGAGCCCUUCAACAUCACCUUAAAUGAUGUAGCAAACACAUCCAUCACCAGUCAAGACAGCAAUGAAUUGAACUCAACUUACUCACACUCUUCACGGUGUAUCAUUCUCUAG